CCUUCCCGCCGCUCCGCACCGUUCCUACCGAGGGCUGUCCGUGAGGAGUCGGCGGUGACCCCGAGCUCUGCUGCCAUGUGGCCGCUGGGGAGCCCCGUGGCGGUGUCGGCCAGCGAGGCGCUGCUGGCGGCCGCCACGUUUUGCGCGGUGCUGCUGCUGGUGCAGCGGCUGCGGGCGGCCGUGCCCGCGGGGCUGCGGCGGCCGCCGGGCCCGCGGGGCAUUCCCGUGCUGGGCAACGUGCUGGAGCUGCGCACGGACCCGCACCUGGCGCUAACGCGGCUGAGCCGGCGCUACGGGGACGUGAUGGAGGUGCGCAUCGGGACACGGCCCGUGCUGGUGCUCAGCGGGCUGGACACCAUCCGCCAAGCGCUGGUCAAGCAAGCAGACGACUUCAUGGGGAGACCAGACCUGCCUAGCUUUCACUACAUCUCCAACGGGCAGAGCCUGGCGUUCAGCCCCGACUCCGGGGAGGUGUGGAAAGCACGCAGGAGGCUGGCCCAGAGCGCCCUGAAGAGCUUCUCCAUCGCGCCCAGCCCCACGUCGUCCUGCAGCUGCCUGCUGGAGGAGCACGUCUCCAAGGAGGCCGAGUACCUGGUCACCAAGUUCCUGCAGGUCAUGGAGGAGCACAAGAGCAUUGACCUCAACCAGUACCUGUUGGUGUCAGUGGCCAACGUCAUCUGUGCCAUAUGCUUUGGCAAGCGCUACGAGCACGAGGACCAGGAGCUGCUCAGGGUGGUGGACCUGGGGAAGGAGUUUGGGGAGGUGGCUGGGGGCGGCCACCCCACCGACUUCAUCCCCCCGCUCCGCUACCUGCCCAACCGCACCCUGGAGGCCUUCAAGGACAUCAACCGGCACUUCAACGCCUUCGUGCAGAAAAUUGUGCAGGAUCAUUACAGCACCUUUGACAAGGGGCACAUCCGGGACAUCACGGACUCGCUGAUUCAGCACUGCCAGGAGAACAGUGCUGGGGAGGAUGCCCACGUGAAGCUCUCCGACGAGAAGAUCAUCAACAUCGUCAACGACCUCUUUGGGGCAGGCUUUGACACUGUGGCAACUGCCCUGUCCUGGAGCCUCAUGUAUGUUGCCUUGUACCCCGACGUCCAGAAGAAGAUCCACGAGGAGCUGGACCGCACCAUCGGGCGCGAGCGGCGGCCGCGCCUCUCGGACCGGGGCACGCUGCCCUACACGGAGGCCUUCAUCCUGGAGAUGUUCAGGCAUUCCUCCUUCCUGCCCUUCACCAUCCCUCACAGCACAACAAAAGCAACAGCGUUGAAUGGCUACUACAUCCCCAAGGGCACCUGUGUGUUCAUCAACCAGUGGCAAGUGAACCACGAUGAGGCGCUGUGGAAGGAGCCCUCAGCCUUCAGGCCCGAGCGGUUCCUGAGCGCGUCGGGGACGGAGCUGAACCGCGCCGAGGGCGAGAAGGUUCUGGCCUUCGGGCUGGGCCGGCGCCGCUGCCCCGGCGAGACCAUCGGCCGCUGGGAGAUCUUCCUCUUCCUCACCACGCUGCUGCAGCAGCUGCACUUCAGCCUGCGGCCUGGGGAGCCGGUGGACAUCACCCCGCAGUACGGACUGACCAUGAAGUACAAGAAGUGUGAAGCCUUCCAGAUCCGGCAGCGGUUCCCCGAGAAGAGCUCUCUGUGAGCUGCUGCAGGGGGUUGGAGGCUCUGCCCCUUGCUGUGUAUCCUCUGGAGGAUGGUUCCUCUCCUGGGGGGACAGCUGGGCUUUGUGGGGCUCUUCCCAGCUCCAUCAGCCCUUCCCACAUGGAUGAUCCCCAGAGGUGUCUUGGAGAGAUGCACCCUGUGGUGGGGAGGGUGGGAUGUGCUCCACCUGCCCUGGGCAGAUCCCUCCAUCCAAACAAAUAUAAACCUGCAGGUUCUUCUCAGGGAAUCCUGCCCAGCCUUAUCCCAUGGGGUGAAAUCCUCUUUUCCAGCUCAUUGCCUCACUGGGAAUGGAUCCUUCCUGCUGCUUCAGAAAGGUUCUGGAGUCUUCAGCAGCACCCACCUCGAGGGGACCUAUCCCGGGUGCACCCACACACCCAAAUUCCUUGAAUGUAAACUCGUGGAGUGAAUUCCUGAGUGUUCCUACUCAUUUAAAAAAAAAAAUCCACCACCCAGAUUAAUAAAACAUCCACCCUAUCCUGGGUGCACCCACACACCCAAAUUCCUUGAAUGUAAACUAGUGGAGUGAAUUCAUGAGUGUUCCUACUGAUUAAAAAAAAAAAAAAAUCCACCAGCAGAGCCACUCACAAAUUGAGAUUUUAAAUCAAUCCCUACCAUGAAAAUCUCAAGGGACUGGGGAAAAUGGACAGGGAACUUCAGGACUCUCCAGCUUUCAGACUAACUAUGCAUUUGCUGCCUUUUUUAAUAUCAGGGGGGUUUUUCCUUAUCAAGCAAUAGAUUUCUAUAUCCAGGUUAAGGAGUUUUCAGGUUUGCAGGAGGUGCCUUUUGCUGCAUUCAGCUUUACCAGUGGGAAGGUGAAGCAAAUGGAGCAGCAAUUCCUGCCUGUUUGUGCCUUUUUGGGAUGGAAACCACACCAUAUUUCUAACACAAUA